CAACUCGCGAGAGUUCGACUCUUGUUUGACGACGGAUUCCGAAACUUCUGUGCGAGUCCAGGGACGAAUGCUAGCAGAAGGGAUCGAGCUCCAGAACCGAUCUGAGUUGUUAGUGGCAGGGAGCAGAAUCUAUCUAUCCUCCCUGCUUUCAAUCUGCGUAGCUCUCUCGUUCCUUGGAAGCAGCAGCAGCAGCAGCACGCGGAGGCAAGAUUCCGUCGCCCGAUCGUCGGGGCUUCGUCGUCGCUGUGCCCACCUCGUCGUCGCUGCAGCGUCGCAGCAAGUGCAAUAGCUGUGGCUGUAAGCUGUGCGACGACAGCUCUGCCGCGGCUAGCCAGCUCCAUUGGUCCGUGCUGCCGCAGCAAGUGCUAGUAUCCUACCACCCACGGUUUUCAGCAAUUAAUCCACGUUCCUUGGCUCGAUCCAUCUCGUCCAGAGUUCCCCCGCCUUCCCCGCCUUCCCCGCUUUCCCCGCCUUCUCCGCCUUCUCCGCCCUCGUCCAUCACACGUAGUCUCCUCCUCGUCCGUAUUCUGGUGUCUUGAGGCGCCUCGAUCCGUUCCCCGGUGGAUCCAAUCACUUCGAGAGAACCAACCUCGGAACCACCUUGCCCCCAGUGAGAGGGUUUCAGGUCUACCCUUUCUCCAUGCGGCGUCUUGUCACCACGAAACACAGUCGCGCGUGUCACGGCUGCUCUACCCGUAGGCCUCCCUCCAUGGCUUACCCGAUCCCUUCCUACCUUCCCCCCUGCCCGAUCCUCCGCCUCCUUCUCCUCCUCUCAUCACUCUCACUCUCGUCAGUCACCUUCCGCCAACCCGCCUCCUCCCCGCUCCUUGUCUCCGCCUCCGCCGCCUUCUCUUCCGCGGACGACUGCCUCCCCGGCGCCUCCGCCCUGUGCCUGCGCGCCGACGACCCCGCGCUCUGCCUCUCCGCCAUCUGCCGCCACCGCGCGUCUUCCUCCGCGACUUCCCCCGCAGCUCGCGGCCGCGAAUUGGCGGCCAAGUCGAGCUCGCGGCGACCGUCGUCGCAGUCGUCGCAUUCGUCGCAGCCGUCGCAUUCGCAGGACCUGCUGACGUCGAUGACGGUGGACGUGGCACUGGAGGAAGUGGGCUUGCUGCGGGGCCGCGCGGAGCGGCUGUCGCGGAGCAGCGGCGAGGACCCGCGCAGCGAGGGAGAGAGCCGCGUCGCCAGAGACUGCUUGGAACAGCUUGACCGGGCCGCAGCGUAUCUCCGUCGCGCGUCGGCGUCUCUGAAAGGUGGCGCGGAGCCCGAGGGCCAGACGUACUGGAUCAGCGCGGCGCUCACGCUCACCUCGCACUGCUCCACCAACAUGGCGGCCGCCGCCGCCGCGCGCGACCUCCGCGCCGCCGCCGCGGGGAACUCCGCGGAAGCCGCAAGGUCUGCGGAGGUUGCGGAUUUAGGCACUGCGGAAGUGGGAGCGGCGGAGGGUGGGCGCAACAGGAAAGAUAAGCCCCGAAGCGGGUCUGGUUUGCUAGUGGCGCAGGCAUUGGGGGGAACGAAGGGGAGAACCAAAAGUAACAGCACGAACAGCAGCAGCAGCAGCAGCAGCAGCAGUGAUAAGCGCGGGAGUGGAGCGAAUGGCGAAAGCGCCCAGGACAGCGCAGGGGGGAUGCGGGUGGCGCGCUUUAAGACGCGAGAGGAGGUGAUGAGGGGCGCAAGCAAGGCCGGCGGACCUUUGACGAACCGCCAGCAAGGCCAGGCUGGUACGGGCAGCGGCAGUCUGGCAACCACGCAGAUCAUCAGCAGCUCUGGCAGUAGCGGCAGUGGCGGCAGCGGCGGCAGCAAGACAAAGAACAGCGCGAGAGGCUCAGCUAACGGCAGCGCAAAGAAGAAGGGCGCGACAAACGGCGCGAAGAGCGGCGGGAAGGGCGCCGCAGCGAUCUGGAACAGCCUGGUGUCGAGCGUGCGGCGCGGCACCGGCAGCGGCAGCGGCAGCGGCGGCGGCAGCGGCAGCGGCGGCAAGCAGCAGCCGCUGGUGGAGCUGGACACGCCGCUCGUGGGGCACGUGCGCAUGGCGGAAGGACAGGCGGAAAGACAGGCGGAAGGCGGAACAGGACCGGCGGGGGGGGCAGCGGAAGGGAGGCUGGCGGACGGCAAGGAGGUGGCAAUGGCGGCGAUUGACCGGGGCGCGAGGGAUAGUGGGGUUGAGGCGGGGGGAGGCCGGGACGGAAAAGGAGGCGGGGCUCAAACGGCGGGGGCGGGGAUGGGUGACGUGGAGAGCCCGUCGAAGCUCAAGGCGGGGCCCACCCUCGCCUACAUCUCCAACGCGCUCGCUAUAGUCACGUCGCUGAGAGACGAGGACGCGGACGCGGAGGCGGACGCGGGCGGCGCGGAGCGACCGGGGAGCGCCAUGCACGCGCGGCGCAAGGGGCUGGAGGUCGACAGGCGGCGAGAAGCGCGGGAGUUGUAUCGAGCCGUGCACCACACCUUCCCUCCCCCUUCCCCCUCAGCUCUCUCCUCUUCUUCCUCCUCCUCUUCUUCCUCCUGGCUCUCGAGCCGCCAGUCCCGCAGGCUGACGUCACGGGCGGCGGAGAAAGCGGCGGCGGCGGCGGCGGCGCGGCCCGCGUGGGUGCGCGAGGCGGAGUAUUCGGAGCUGCGCGAGCUGCAGCGCUUCAUGCGCGAGCACUACGCGCGCGCGGAGGAGAUCUUGGCGGGAAACCUAACGGCGCACUGGGAGGCGAACCGCGGGCGGCGGCUGGCGGCGGUCGGCGCAAAGCUGCCGCGAUUAAAGCCGGAUUUCAUAGUGUCCAAGACCGGAAAACCCGGGCACUGCCGGACGGUGCAGGAAGCUGCGACGAAGCUGAUCGCGGCGUACAAGCCCCCGCCGACGCGGUUCGUGGUGUACAUAAUGAAGGGAAUCUACGCGGAAAAGGUCCUCUUGAAUAAAGACAGCGUCAUAUUUCUAGGCGACGGCGCGAGCAGCACGGUGAUCACGUACGGCGCGAGCGUGCGGAACGGGUAUACGGCGUUCGACUCGGCGAGCGUGGGCGUGAACGCGGACUACUUCACCGCCAUGGGCCUCACGGUCGUUAAUAGCGCGGGGGCCGCCGCGGGACAGGCCAUCGCGCUGCGGACGGAGGGGGAUAAGUCGGCGUUCUACGACUGCGUGUUCCUGGGCCACCAGGACACGCUAGCCCCGGACGUGGGGCGGCAGUACUUCCGCAACUGCACGGUGCGCGGCACCAUCGACUUCGUCUUCGGGGUCGCAGCAGCCGUGUUUGAGGACUGCACCUUCGUCGUGCGCCGCAGCCCGCCGGGGUACUCCAGCACCGUGGCGGCGCAGGGGCGCGUCACGCUAAAGGACCCCUCCGCCUUUGUGUUCCUGCGGGGGAAGGUGGUGGGGGAGAGCGCGGGGCAGUACGGGUACCUGGCGCGCCCCUGGUGGCCCUACUCCCGCACGAUUUUCAUCCACACGUUCCUGUCUCCGGUGGUUGUCCCUGCGGGGUGGUUGGAGUGGUCUGACGCAACCACCAAGACCAUCUGGGGGGGCCGGCCCUACUUUGCCGAGUUCCAAACCUCUGGCCCGGGCGCCAAGGGCCGGCGCGUGGCGUGGGCGCGGCCGGGCAGGCUCACAGAGCGCCAGGCAGAGGGGUUCCUGCCGAACAAGCUGCUGCAGCUGGGUAGCUGGGUGGGGGAGACCAAGAUACCGUACCGUCCGUGAUUCCGUGACUGACUUGGCUGGGAAUGGCACAGAAGCAUGAGCCGCUUACACUAACGUUAGGGGAGCAGCAGGACUCCGGAGGAGAGUGGUGCUUUACCCAGGUCCUGGUGCACGGUAGGUUGAGGGAAAUACGGUAAUAAGCAUGGUAGGAUAGGAUGGUUUGCUUUGUGUAGAACCUAGAAUGGUCCUAGUUGUGUUGCCCCUUUGUUGUCACACUCUUGAGAGUGUGUGAGCUCCACUCUUACUUAAUGGAGCAUACUAGUGAGUCUGGGUUCGAGUCGAGUGUAGCUGGUAGGAAUGAAUACAGUUGUAUAGCACAC